AAAUCUUACCGCGCAGCCGUCGACUCACCAUCCACAUCACCAAGCAAAUCAUUCACCAUGGGUAAAGUUCACGGAUCUCUCGCCCGUGCCGGCAAGGUCAAGUCUCAGACUCCCAAGGUCGAGAAGCAAGAGAAGUCCAAGGUCCCCAAGGGCCGUGCUCUCAAGCGCCUCAAGUACACCCGUCGAUUCGUCAACGUUACCCUCACUGGUGGCAAGAGAAAGAUGAACCCCAACCCCGGCUCUUAAACGAUUGGUUAAAAACGACAAUAUGUGCGGAAUCGGGAAUGUUGGCUUGCGGACCACAACAAUGGUUGACUUCACUCAGUAAUGGGAUGAUGGAUUGGGUCGGGUCGCAUGGAAUAGGCUGAGCCCCCUUGAGAAUUAAAAAAGGAAAUGGCAAAGAAGCGCUACGACCCUACUCGGCGUCCGGUGUCAGUUGUCAAAUGCAACAACAUUUGUUCGCACAUUGUGCCGCGACGUGAAUGUCGGUGUUUCUGUCUAUGGUGAUAUCUGGUCUGCUUGGUGUUGGGCUGUCGUAGAGGAUUUCUGGGGGCAAAUUCGGCGAGUGACUCACGCCGGCGGAUGACAUCUACGAUUCUGGUGCCUCAGGAUCGCAACAAACCUUGUUCAAUGCCA